AACUGCUACCAGCUGGAAGGCGCGCAGGGCGAGAGGUGGCGCGUCCUCAGCUUUCCAGUCUUCGAUUCCGCUCGCUUUCCGAGUGAGAAACGGCUGGCUGCUGGCAGGAUGGACACCCUGGAGGAGGCGACUUGGGCCAAUGGGAGCACAGCGCUACCCCCACCCCUGGCACCAAACAUCAGUGUGCCUCAUCGCUGCCUGCUGCUGCUCUACGAAGAUAUUGGCACCUCCAGGGUCCGGUACUGGGACCUCUUGCUGCUCAUCCCCAAUGUGCUCUUCCUCAUCUUCCUGCUCUGGAAGCUUCCAUCUGCUCGGGCCAAGAUCCGCAUCACCUCCAGCCCCAUUUUUAUCACCUUCUACAUCUUGGUGUUUGUGGUGGCGCUGGUGGGCAUUGCCCGGGCCGUGGUAUCCAUGACGGUGAGCACCUCGAACGCUGCAACUGUUGCUGAUAAGAUCCUGUGGGAGAUCACCCGCUUCUUCCUGCUGGCCAUCGAGCUGAGUGUGAUCAUCCUGGGCCUGGCCUUUGGCCACCUGGAGAGCAAGUCCAGCAUCAAGCGGGUGCUGGCCAUCACCACAGUGCUGUCCCUGGCCUACUCUGUCACCCAGGGGACCCUGGAGAUCCUGUACCCUGAUGCCCAUCUCUCAGCUGAGGACUUUAAUAUCUAUGGCCAUGGGGGCCGCCAGUUCUGGCUGGUCAGCUCUUGCUUCUUCUUCCUGGUCUACUCUCUGGUGGUCGUCCUUCCCAAGACCCCGCUGAAGGAGCGCAUCUCCCUGCCUUCUCGGAGGAGCUUCUACGUGUAUGCGGGCAUCCUGGCACUGCUCAACCUACUGCAGGGGCUGGGGAGUGUGCUGCUGUGCUUCGACAUCAUCGAGGGGCUCUGCUGUGUAGAUGCCACAACCUUCCUGUACUUCAGCUUCUUCGCUCCGCUCAUCUACGUGGCUUUCCUCCGGGGCUUCUUCGGCUCGGAGCCCAAGAUCCUCUUCUCCUACAAAUGCCAAGUGGACGAGACAGAGGAGCCAGAUGUACACCUACCCCAGCCCUACGCUGUGGCCCGGCGGGAGGGCCUGGAGGCUGCAGGGGCUGCUGGGGCCUCAGCUGCCAGCUACUCGAGCACGCAGUUCGACUCUGCCGGUGGGGUGGCCUACCUGGAUGACAUCGCUUCCAUGCCCUGCCACACUGGCAGCAUUAACAGCACAGACAGCGAGCGCUGGAAGGCCAUCAAUGCCUGAGAGCGGCUGCUAGGGCCUGUGGAGGACAGGCCAGAGAGGAGGCCAGCAGGCCCAGAGUUCCCCGGGGAGGAGGACCAGGUCAAGGGAUCUUCUGAGCCCUGUGUGGCCCUGUUCCUACAUGAGUCUGGAGGCCCCACCUCCCUGGGACUCCCAAUCCCCUUUGCCAUCUCUGCUGUCACUGGGGACCCUCCUCCCCUUCCCACCUGCUCUCAUACUGCUCAGUGACAUGGCCCAGGCUUUCUUUCCAGGGCCAUGCUUGGCAAGGUUGGCUGAGGGUACCUUCCUUCUCUGCACCCUUGGCACCAGGGCAGGGCUGGCUCUCCCAAUGCCUCCAUCCCAUCCCCAUGGUGCUUUGGCCUCCUGAAAGCAUCCACCAUGGUGGAUGGACUGAAGUGUGUAUAUUUUCUUGAUCUAUUUUUUAAUAAAAAGGAAACGGAGCAGAA